AGCAAGGUUGCAUGUCGGAAGGGAAACGUGCAAAAUUACACGUUCUUUCUGUACACCUUUGGUGGGGAAUGUGUUACUUUUUCUUUUAAAGAAAGGACAAUUUGACGUUGGAAUGAUUUACAAAUUUUAGAAACUCAUCUUUGAUUCGAGUGCUGGUUAGAAUAAAUUGUCAAGUACAGUGACAGAGUCAACAUGGUCAAAGUAACUCCAUAAUUACCAAUUAGAGUUUGUGACUGAGGGAUUGCGCUCUCCGGCUUCAAGAUGAAGUACUUCACCACCGUUGAAUUGUUCAGACACACCUGGGACCACGUUGCCACCGCACUGUGGCAGAAGUAUCCAAAUCCGUAUAGCAAGCAUGUGCUGACAGAAGACGUCAUCAGCAGGGUUCUCAGGGGGACUGAACUGGUCACCAGGCGCCUCUUGACAAAGACCAACCGGCUGCCCAGGUGGGGUAACUACAUCUUCGGGAACCACGCCCGACAGGUGUGCAUCGUUGAGGAGUCGAUAGUCGACCCUGUGAAAAAGACCUUCACCAUCUACACACGGAAUAUAGGGUUUACUAGACUUAUGGUGGUAACGGAGAAGCUAAUCUUCAGGCCUGCCCCGGAGAACAAAGACUGGACGCAUCUAGAGAAACACUCGUGGGUGGACUCUAGCGUCAAGGGCAUGGCCUUGGCAAUCCAGCACUUCGGCAUGGAGCGGUACAAAGCCAACCAGACGAAGGCCACCAAGGGGCUCCACUACGUCCUUGAGAACAUGUUUGUGCCGGACAGGCCGCCAACAGAAGGUUUCCCGGUUGACAUGGCCAGGCUCAGGGACAGUGCGAAGGCCAAAGCCAAAGGGAUGGCCGCCAAGACACGGCCCGUCAUACAAUGACGGUGUGGUGUGUUGGGGGGGGGCAGAGCAGUGUCAUCCGGGUGCCAAGAUUUGUGCCCUUGUCCUGCCUUCGACAUUGUCCUAAACUUCUUCAGGACUCAGGUAAUGGACAGUCAAGGCUAUUGCAGCAAUCAUUGGAUUAAGUCUGUGCACUUCACGCAUGGCACUUGAGAAGAGACUAGUACACAAUUUGAUACACCGCUGGCGGCUGCAGCAGGCUGCGAAUAUCCCUCGCUAUAGUCUCUGGUUCAAGCACCACAUAUGCCACUCACAUGGUUUAGAAUUUUUGCUGUGAUUACCUUGACUAAAGACUGGAACUUAAGACUCUCAGUCUUUGUCUGUCUAUUCCCGGACCCUUCAAAAUCCAGCAGAAGAUUCUGAGAUUUUUUGGAUAAAGAAUGGUUGUGCCCAGCCACCAUGAAGUUACAUUCUUGUGGGUUGAUGCUUUCCAUUUAGCGAGGCAUUUAGCAAAAUUGCCAAGGAAGUUAACUGGGUUAAUAUAGUCUGUGUAUUGUCCUUUUCCGUGUGGUCUUCAGAAAACCUUUGAAGAAAGGUUCUUAGCUUGCACUCUUGUCACUACACGUCAUAUGGAUUCGCUUAGUUACAUGUUAAUUAUUUAUCAAGUCAGUGCAUUGCCUUUUGAGUUGACAAGGAAGGUUCAUUGGAAAGGCUUACUCAGAGGAUUGACAUCACAGUGUUUCUGUUUUUCUUACCUCUUAGUCUUUCACUGAAACAAUUUUUCAAAGAAAAACUCUACUGGACGCAGACCAUUUCUGAGUCUUUUAUGAAAAGCUCCUUGACACUGUUACUUAGCAUGCUUCUUUUUGUCUGAGCCACAUCAGAGAGGACUUCAGUAGUGUAUUUCUCACAUGUUUAAAGACCAAAACAGCUUCAUUGUAGAAGUUUACAACAUAGUUUCAUUGCAGUAUUUUUUCAUGAGCACUACAUCACCGCGGGAUUACAUUUGGCAGAAUACUAAUUUGUCUUGUGAAUUGUUCAGAAUUGAGAAAAUAAUUUACCUCGUGACUUUGCAAGUAACUUUCAAGUGUAGGAGAGAAUGAGACCUGCAUGUAGUUGCAAGGAGACAUGCCUCCAAGGGUUUAUAUUUUACAAGACAUAAAUACAUGCACCAAUACUGCUGACAUUGGCUUAAUUUACAGAUUCAAGCAAAUUCUGUGAUUAGGAAAGAGGGUCAAAUUCGAGGUUUUGGUUUCCGUGUUCUGAAACACUUAAGCUGUAGCAUGUUAGAAUUCAUGUAAGGUUUUAGCAUUAGCAAGUGGGCUUAUAAUCAUUCCGCAUUCCAUUCAUUUCUGAAAGAAAAUUGUUGCGGACCACUUUUUCUACAAAAUGGGCUCCAAAAUUGAAAUGAUUUUCAAUAUUCACUGUUAAUUGUUUUGAACAGUUUGUUCCUUUGAUGUUUUCCAGUUACAAAUGAACUUGGCCUAAUUACAUGAAACCAAGUUAUUUGUCUUAAGUAAACUUUAGAUUUUACAUUUCAGCAAAGAGUUGAUAUAAGUGACCAGAAAUUUCGUUAAUUUACUAACUGCUUGCCCGAAUUUGGUUUUAAGCUCAUAUUUGUUUCUAGUUCAGUGCCUCUGGCAUUAUUUUCAGCAACAGAAGGUUUGAACCAUCGAGGGUUUGCUGUUGAACCCCUGAGUUGAAAAAAAAUGGCCUCUUCCUGUCAAGCACUUGAUGGUGCAUUGUGGGCAUAUUUUAAAUUUUUCUAUGAAAUGGCACCGUUCAGUUCGUGACGAAUUUUGUUUUAAUGGUUGAAAUGUUCACAGAGUUUAAUGUGCUGGCCAUUUUAAAUGAAAUACUUUGGAUGUAUGAUACCUCGAUACAUGUAAUCGGGUGAAGGUCUUACGCUGCAAUAUGAAAGGAUAUGAUACGACCUAUGUGAUAAAUUAUUAAAAAGGAACCAGUUGGAAA